GCCUUGUAGCAUCCUCAAGGUAUUGAUCGAUUGAAUUAAAUCUCAUCGUGGGCAAGGUGUGCCAAACAGCUUAGGGACUUGGGGAAAACAGCCGCGUCUGCUCACCCACCUUGGAGAGGACCCACAGGGGCUCCUGCAGUGGGCACCCCCCCCCUUUCCUGUGCCACCCAAGUCCAGGUGACUCUACCCAGAUCCUCUGAGCCUCCAGACUGAACAGACUGACUGCCGUUGCUCCCUCUUCAUUUUCAGAAGAAAACCUCUACAAAGCAGAUUCCCCAUGAAGGGUGAAACUCCCGUCAACAGCACAAUGAGCAUUGGGCAAGCUCGUAAAAUGGUGGAGCAGCUGAAGAUUGAGGCCAGCAUGUGCAGGAUAAAGGUGUCUAAAGCGGCCGCUGACCUGAUGACUUACUGCGAUGCCCAUGCCUGCGAGGAUCCUCUCAUUAGCCCCGUGCCGACCUCAGAAAACCCCUUCCGAGAAAAAAAAUUCUUCUGUGCCCUGCUCUGAACUAUUUUUGGCCUCCCCAAUGCCAGGUCUUAUCCCCUUCCUUUCCCCCCAUCCCCAGAUACCCACCGGUUAGGGCGGAGUCCGGUUUGGGCAGGAACCUAGCCGCCAAGGCUCUACUAUUGGGGGCGGGGGGGGGCUCUGUGGCCGAUCUGCUUUCUCCUGCAGAGCCCCCCGACUCCAUUUUCCCAGGCAUCCGAACUCAGCAGCCAGAUCCGCAAAUAUCCCACUGAGCAUCAGAACAUCUGUAAAGACUCUAAUUCAGCAGCCCCCCUUCCCCCUCGAAAAGGGGAGCUGCUGUUUGUGCUAAGGGGGUGGGAGGAAAAAUCAGGGUACCCAAGGACCCCCCAGUUAGACCCCAAAGGUAUCAAGCACUGGGUCCAUAGGCCCCUCGGAACCAACCCAGGGGGUUUCGGUCCGGCAUUAACGUCCAGCCUCCCCACCACCACCUUCACCUUGGCUGAAGUUUAGCUCCGAAUCGAGGUGCCGAAGCUGGUCCUCUCCUCUCCCUCCCCUGCCCCAAAUUCUCCCCCAGGGAGGGCGCCAGGUUCCCACAACA